AUGAUCGGUUUAAUCGAAAGUCUACUUUUGGUUCUUGUUACUUUAUUCGUAAUUUAUUUCAUUCGCUCCAAGCCUGAUGAAGAUUCAUCCAUUCCCUAUGCUAAAUAUGGCAGCUAUCCAAUCAUUGGACAUUUAAUUGCAUUUACACGUAAUCGAACUAAAGUGUUACUCGAAUGCCAUCGACGGUACGGUGCGUGCUUUCGAAUUCGAUUAGCAAAUCAACGUUUUAUCAUGAUACCGUCGCAUGCUGAUUGGAUGGCGAUAGUGAAAAAUUCAUCGUUUAAAUUUACAGGCACUGAGCUAGGCAUAGAAAUAUUUGGAUUUUCUUCUGUUUUCUUGGAUCAUCCUGAACUUGAUCCGGACACUCAUCGUUUGUAUGUUCAACAUUUGAAAAAUCGUGAUGGUCUACACCCAAUGGUUGUCGAAUUUGUUCGUCGAAUGUAUGAAGCGAUGAGGAACGAAAAAGUAUCUCUUGAAAAGAAUCAUUCUGCAUCCAAAUGGAUCUCAACUGGUCUACUCGAAUUUAGCCAUCGUAUGCUGUUUCGUCCUUCGACUGUGGCAUUAUUCGGAGAUAUUGAUACAGCGGCACUGGAGCAACAUUUUCGUUUAUUCGAUAAUAAGUUCCAUUAUUUUUUUAUUCCAUUUCCCAAAUGGGUUUAUUCAUAUUUUCUACGUAAAGAAUUAAAUGCCCGCUCCAGUUUGGGCAAAUCGUGGCAAAACAAUUGCGAUCCAAACAACGCAUCGAACUUCUAUCGAGAUCGAUUAGCAGUCUAUGAAAGUCAUUCGGAUUGGCUUCCAAAGGAAGAAAUUGGUAAACUUGUAACAGCCUUCUUCUGGGCAUCACUUGGCAAUACGAUUCCCGCGGUGUUUUGGUCAUUGUUCUAUAUUUUACGAGAUCCAAAAGCUCUGCAGCACAUCCAACAAGAAAUGGAUGUACAUUUACCAUUCAUAUCAUUGGAUGAAGCAGAUUCUUCAACGGCUUAUUGGACACCGGAACAGAUAGAUUCAUGUAUGUAUUUGGAAAGUGCAAUUAACGAAACGAUUCGAUUAGUUGGCGCACCUUUUAUGCUAAGAAAAUGUUGUCGAGAUGCACAAACAAGCUUAGAAGACGGACGUCAAAUCAAUAUAAAAGCAGGUGAAAACUUGGCCUGGUAUGCCGGUGUAAGUCAUUUUGAUGAAAACUUAUUUCCACGAGCCAAUGAAUUUAUCUUCGAUCGAUUUCUAAACAAAAAGGCCGAAAGCGUACCGGGCUAUAUGCCGUUCGGAGGUGGAAAAAGUAUAUGUCCAGGACGGUUCUUUGCACGAUACGAAAUCAAAACUUGCGUCGCCAUGCUCUUGCGCUAUAUGGAAUAUCAAUUUAAAGAUAUGAAAGCAGUACCAAAGCAAAAGCUGACUCGCGUUGGUUUUGGCAUUGCUCCACCUGAUCAUGACGUGCCUAUUGUCUAUCGAUACAGAGUUUGUUCUCAUUGA